AUGGACACCAAACGUCGCUUUGGACAAUGGGCCAUCAGUCUGGUGGCAACCGUUAUAGCCGUCUAUGUGGUGAAAGCGAACCCAUCCCUUUCACCUACAGACUGCCAGAUAGGGAAUGGAGCAUCUUACCGAGGAACAGUCUCUGUGACGAGAACAGGCAAGACGUGUCAACACUGGGACAGUCAGACACCGCACGAACACGUCGUCACACCCGCUAAUAAUCCGGCAUCCGGACUGGAGCAGAACUACUGCCGGAAUCCGGAUGGAGACCCUUCCGGAGUUUGGUGCAUCACCACGGAUUCGGAACGGCCAUGGGAUUAUUGUGACGUGCCAACAUGCUCCGGCCAUGGUGAACGCGAGGUUUGUUAUGAGGAUGAAUUCCAGUGCUUGAACGGUUCGUGCAUUCCUGAUAACUAUUGGUGUGAUGGGGAGGUGAACUGUCUCCAAGGAGAGGAUGAGUCGAUCUGUGGGGCUGGGAGCUGCCAGCAGAGUGACCGUCAGUGUUUGAACGGUUGGUGCAUCCCUGAACACUAUUGGUGUGAUGGUCAGUAUAAUGAUUGCUUGCAAGGAGAGGACGAGUCGGACUGUGAAGCUGUAGGCUGCCAGGAGAGUGAACGGCAGUGUUUGGACGGUUGGUGCAUCCCUGAACACUAUUGGUGUAAUGGUUAUUCUAGCUGUUCACAAGGAGAGGACGAGUCGGACUGUGGGGCUGUGGGCUGCCAGGAGAGUGCUCACCAGUGUUUCGACGGUUCGUGCAUCCCUGAACACUAUUGGUGUAAUGGUCAUUCUGACUGUUCGCAAGGAGAGGACGAGUCGGACUGCCCGUGGUGGAUGGAGAGCUCCCCUGCUUGGGCCAUCGAUGCUACACCAACAUUAUCCCCCGAUACAUCUGGCCCAGAUAAAGUUCUCGACAGUGAUGUUGGUACUUUCUGGAACCCGAUCAGUCCAGGCCCAUGGUACAUCAUCUUUGACUUGUUGGUAGCCCAUACUCUCUCUAAAAUCCGCAUCACCAGCUACGGAAACAUGACCCACGACGUGACAGCAUUUGAGCUUCAAAUAUCAGCCAGUUCGGAUCCUUAUAACUGGAUUCACGUGAUUGAAUCCCCUUAUAACAUGCCUGUGGAUUUAGCACUUGGCGGCUUUAGUGCCACGAGUCGAUUCUGGCAACUGCUCAUCACUGCAACUGGUCCGGACAACCAACAGCCUUGGUUAGUCGAAGUGAGCUUUUUGGGAAUGGCAGCAGACUGCCUGACAGGAAAUGGAACAUCUUACCGAGGAAAUAUCUCUAUGACGGAAACAGGCAGAACGUGUCAACACUGGGACAGUCAGACACCGCACCAACAUGACGUCACAUCCGCUAAUUAUCCAGCAUCUGGAUUGGAGCAGAACUACUGCCGGAAUCCGGAUGGAGGCCCUUCCGGAGUUUGGUGUUUCACUAUUGAUCCGGAACAACAAUGGGGCUAUUGUGACGUGCCAGCGUGUUUCGCUGGGGGCUGUGUACGCCGGUGUUUGGACGGCUUGUGCAUUCCAGAAGACAAUUGGUGUGAUGGUUAUAUCCACUGUUGGUAUGGAGACGACGAGUCGGACUGUGGGGCUGUGGGCUGCCAGGAGAGUGAACGGCAGUGUUUGGAUGGUUCGUGCAUCCCUGAACACUAUUGGUGUGAUGGAGAGUAUACCGACUGUUCAGAAGGAGAGGACGAGUCGGACUGUUUGGGUGAGCUGCUAUCUUCGGCUUUAGGAAAAUAG